UCAUCAUCAUCAUCAUCAUUUUGUGUAUCAUGUUGUGAUUGUCAAAAAUAUCGAACUUGAGAUUUAUCGAAUCAUUGAUUUGAUUAAGGGCGUUUUUUCUCAACUAUAUAAAUUUAAAAUCAAACUCAAUCAAAAAAUCAAUCGAUUUCAUUUCGUUUUUAUAGUUAGUUACAAUUUAAUUCUGAUCAAAUCUCUCUUUUUUCUUCAGUCAUUCAUCAUCAUGGUACAUCCAAGUACAUUUGAACUAGGACCGCAUACAUUGAAAAUUCCAAGAACAUUACAUAAGAUUAAUCGAAAUCGUCUAGUUGAAAGAUUACGUUCUGAUAAUAAUAUUCCAGAACGUUCGAUUAUCGUAUUGCAGGGUGGAAAAACCCUUAACAAUUAUGAUACGGACACCGAACCAGUAUUUCGUCAGGAAUCCUAUUUCCAUUGGACAUUCGGCGUUGGUGAGCCUGAUUACUACGGUGCUAUUGAUCUAACCACGGGCAGGUCAUACUUGUUUGCACCAAAGCUACCUGAUUCAUAUUCCAUUUGGAUGGGAAAGCUAUAUACUCUGAAUGAUCAUCUCAAUCGAUACAAUGUUGAUGCUGUUUACUAUACCGAACAGAUAUGCCAAGUUUUGUCUGGACUUAAACCCCAAGUGUUGUUAACAUUGAAAGGUCUAAACACUGAUUCCAAUUUGGAAACAUUCGAAGCUCAAUUUGAUGGAAUUGAUAAAUUCAAAAUUAACAAUUCGUUAUUACAUCCUCAUAUGGCAGAAUUGCGUGUAUUCAAAACACCACAAGAAUUGGAUGUGAUUCGUUAUACGAACAAAAUCAGUAGCGAUGCCCACGUUGAAGUAAUGAAAUCAAUAAGGCCGGGCAUGACAGAAUAUCAACUGGAAUCCAUUUUUCUCCAUCAUUGUUACUUCAAUGGUGGCGCCCGACAUGUAUCCUAUACAUGUAUCUGUGCAAGUGGAACAAAUGGUGGUGUCUUACACUAUGGACAUGCGGCGGCGCCAAACAGCAAAACUGUCCAUGAUGGUGAUAUGUGUUCAUUUGAUAUGGGAUGCGAGUAUUACCGCUACUCGUCGGACAUCACUUGUUCUUUCCCUGCCAAUGGAAUAUUCACGCCUGAUCAAAGAAUUAUCUACGAAGCAGUGCUCAAGGCUAAUCGAACAGUAAUGAAUGCCGUCAAGCCUGGUGUCUCUUGGAGAGAUAUGCAUCUGUUGGCCGAAAAGACUCAAUUGGAACAAAUGCUUAAACAUGGACUAUUACAGGGAGAUAUUGAUGAAAUGAUGAAGGCUAGACUGGGCUAUAUCUUCAUGCCUCAUGGACUGGGUCAUCUGCUUGGUAUCGAUGUCCAUGAUGUCGGUGGCUAUCUCUUCCAGUGUCCACCACGUAGCACUGAGCCAGGCUUACGACAACUUCGUACGGCCAGAAUUUUAGAGAAGGAUAUGGUGUUGACCAUUGAACCAGGCAUUUAUUUCGUCGAUGCAUUGCUUGAACAAGCUCGAAAUGAUCCUGAACUAUCCAAGUUCAUUGUAUGGCCUGUGAUUGACCGAUUUCGAUCAUUCGGCGGGGUUCGAAUCGAAGAUGAUGUAGUCAUCACAGCUGAUGGUUGUGAACUUUUGACCAAAGUUCCACGUACCGUUGAUGAAAUCGAAGCUAUAAUGGCUGAAGGUCGAAAACGAGAAAUAGAAUUUCCUCAGAAAACGUUAUUGGCAAAUUACAAAUAAUCUAUUCUCCGAGGUUCUUGUCCUUUUAUUAUUAAUUAAUCUAUCCAUUUGAUCGAAUCCGUUAUGUUUUUAUCUAUCAAUCUAAUUGACAAACUGUCUGUGUGUUAAAUCAAUGAAAUAAAAUGAUCCCAAUUGGAAAGCAA